UGGCGCUCUGCGAUCGAUUAGCGCGUCUGGGGAGAAGUAGACAGGAACAGGGCAGAUUGACUGGAAAGUCGGAAAGAGUGCGAUCUCUAAACCUAAACAAAUAAAAUCCUUCAAACACGACAGUUCGAAAGGUUUUACUGUAAUCUGGCCACAAAUGUGUUUUGUGCACGUCCACAUAUCGGAUUAUUGCUUUUUGCAAGAGGGACAACUGGUCAUAGAAGAGUUGAUCUGCAAGACGGAGGAGCGAGUUCUUAAAUGUGUGGGUCCCACCAUCCCAAACAGUUUUACCAAUCGGCACUGUCUACAGCAAGAUAUCAACUGCGUGGUGCCACUGACUGUCCAAAGCUCCAACUGCUUUUCCUUUUUCCAAAGGGGGAUUAAUGUGUGGCCCAUCAAGUGUUUACGUGGCUAGAGCGUGUUUCAGUUGUAUGGCGCUUCAUUGAGUUAUCUACUUGAUGAAGCGUUCAUUGAAUUAAUGAACAGGGAUAUCUAUCAUAUUUGGAGAACCAAGCAUAACAUUGGCCUUACAGAAGAAGUUUUCAUGGCAACGAACGUCAUGUGUUCUUGAAGAUAUGUCAGAAUCCUUCAUGUUGCAGUACUCCCAAUUAUCCAUUUUCUCUGUAUGAUAAAAAUGCAAACACAAUGUUAGUCAAAUUAUAAAAACAGCCCCUGCCUUGCUCUUGUGAUGUGACACAUCGGCUGCCCUGUUUUGCCCCCGCGUGACUCCCUGGCUGUUUUGAUGAGGUGAACUCAGGCCUUCCACCACUCUGUAAAACAGCUCUGUGUGGUACACCCACCUCAACCCCUGGUUUUCUAUGCUUGUGCAUGUACGUUGAUUACAAUGAGCUCGUGACAAGGAGCAUCCCCAAGUGUCAGAGCAGGCACAUCGUGCUGCCUCCAGAACUUUAAGAAGAAGAAAAAGAAAAAGAAAAAAAAGAACAACAACAGACUCUGAGCCACUGAACUGGCGAGGUUCCUCAUUUUGAGGCCAUUUGAGACUGUGGAAGCCUCUAUAAACUACCCCAAGACACCCAAACCUCCUGUCUCCACAGACCUGCAUGCACUCUCUUUAUCAGCCUUUUCUCUUGAUGUAAGGCCAACCUGGAGGAUCACCAAACUACCACUGCAUAUCAUUCACUCUUCCAUCGCCACCUCUCAUCCCUCUCUUGCUGGUCUGACCAGGCCAAGGCCCUCGGCCCUCUACUCAGAGUACAGUGCGUAGGGUGCCGCUUACUGCUCCUGCCUCAAACAUAGCCGUCUGUCAUCCACCACACCACCCUGGACACUGGAAUCUCCCUGAGGCCAGGGACUGCCGUUGUCCUCGGCCGCUAGGUCGCUCACCUCCAGGAGGAGCCUUGAGGAGCACACCGGCACAGCUCGCUGCAGAGACAGGGCCUGGUGCGGAGACAGAGAUCUGAGGACGGCCACUGGAGUUCAGAGCCUAAGACUCUGGGAUCCUGGCCAUGAGGUUUGAUGCCUCGCUCCACUGAAGGGAGACACUGGACCUAAAUGGCGCAGCAUGACUUUGUUCCUGCCUGGCUUAACUUCUCCACGCCUCAGCCUGCCAAGUCCCCUGCAGCCAACCUUGAGAAGCAUGGAGAGCACCUCCCCCGAGGAGACCACCGGCCAGGGGGGAGCCGCCGCAGGCACAACUCCUCGGACGGCUUCUUCAACAAUGACCCACUCCGUGCUCCUGCAGGGGAUGGGUGGCAGCAGCCUUCGCUGUUGAGGCAUGACUCGGUGGACUCAGGUGUGGCGAAGGGUUCUGGGGGCGGUUUGGGGAGCGGGCAGAGCUGGAAGGAGACGCCUGGCUGGCCGCACCAUCACCAGGGUCGCCAUGGCAAGCGUGGAGGAGGCGGAGAGCGUGAGAGGCCGGGAGGGGUCCACAGACUGCGCAAUGGAAACUUCCAUCCUGCGCGCAAGGGCGGGCCCUACCAGGACCGCUACUCCGACGAGGAGCGCAACGAGGACAAACUCAAGUUCGUGGAAGAGGACUUUCCCUCCUUAAACCCGGAGACGACUGGAAAGCCAGUGAGCCAGGCUCGUGCUGUGGGGACCCCUGCCGGAGUUUGGGAAAACCCCCCCAGUGCCAACAAGCAGGUGUCUAAGAUGCUGGUCAUUAAGAAGGUGUCUAAGGAGGACCCCAGUGCAGCCUUCUCAGCUGGUUUCGCCAGUGCUGGCCCACUGCCCACCAACGGCACCAAGGUGUCCAUCUCUGGACCGAGUGUCUACAAGAACCUGCUGCCCAAGCCUGCCACAGCUCCCAGCAAGACGGGCCCCUGGAAGCCCAAUGGAAGGGAAGCUAAAACGGGUUUGCAUUUCUCCGGCCGGGACUCCGCCUUCUCAAGCCCCGCCUCUGUGACCAAACCUCUCGCCCCUGUCAGCGCCCCACAGCAUGCCACCCCAAAGGAGCCCCCCUCCAGCACGACCCCUCCCAUGGACAUCACCCCUCCCCGCCUGAAGCUGAUGCGCCGCAGCACCGACCGGAAGAGCGAGUUCCUGCGCGGCCUCAAGGAUGAGCGCAACGGAGACGUGGGCGGCAACCACAGCCCUGGAGUACCCACAGAGGGAGAGGGCAGCACCCCAGAGGCCAAGGAGUACGGAGAGGGACACGAGAACGGCAUCUCUCACUCACUCAGUGACUCUGAUACCGAACAUCUGUCCAGCUCCCUGGAGGCAGAACAUCGGCUGCUCAAGGCCAUGGGCUGGCAGGAACACCCCGAGAACGAUGACAACUUCCUGCCUCUGACUGAAGACGAACUGAAGGAGUUUCAGGCUAAAACUGAACAGCUGAAGAAGAAUGGACUGGGGCGCAACGGAAUGCUGGUGAGGCCCCGGGGUGUUGCCAUGCCGAUGGCCUGGCGGAGCCCCGUGGAGCCGGGGUUGGAGGAGGAGGGGUCCGAGUCAGAGACCAGCAGCAGCUGUCAGACGUCUGACGACGAGGGCACCUAACUAGGGGAACGCCUCACCACGACUCUGGCCUCUUCCAUGUCCUUCCUCCCACUUCACUGACCACCUGAACACACCCCCAUCCUGCUACUGCAGUCUCGCUCGCUCGCUCUCUUCCAUACACACUGUUUUAUUUAAAGAAAUGAGAGAGAUUUCUCAUGAAAACAACACAAAUGAGGAUGAAAACAACACAAAUAGCAAUCUCAUGCACAAGAGACAUCAAUCAUAUCCCAGAUAGAAAGAAAAAGAACAUGCCGUGAGUCGUUCACUCAUGAGGGCAGUUUUUGGUUUCUUUUUCAUCUCUCCCCUUUUCCUCUUUCCCUUUGCUCCUUUUGUUGUCCCGUUGUCCACGAACUUAUGGAAAAAAAUAUGAAAAAAGAAAAUGUUUAAAAGCCACACACAUCUGUUUUCUUUUUCUUUUUGCUUGGGGAAAAACAAAGACUAACUCACAAAUAACAGCAACUAUAAUCCUGAUUUAACAUGAAACAACUUCAUCAGAAUGUUCUCUUUUAAGAAAAGAAUGAAUAAAAAAAAAUGGCUUUGACACCUUUUUUUGGCAAAAGCAAUUCGUAGCGUUAGUGUUGAGAUAAAACAAUCAUUGUGAGCCGUUGCCAUCAACGCAAGCUCCCAGUCCCUCAAGGAACACACGUCUUUCGCCGUCUGCAGCAGUGAUGAGCUACCAACCCCUUCAAACACACACACACACUUACACACACAGUGCACUGUCUUAUGAUGCACGGCAGCUAGUGAAUGAAAAAAAAUGGGUGUAUGCUCUUAAUCCUGGUCCUGAAGGGCCCCCUCUUUAAGCUGGUUUUCAGAGCAGGUAGUCCAUCAUGAACGCACAUCUGGAACCCCAUGGCACCCACUGGUGGUGGCUAUUGAGAGAGAUGGGUGAUGGUGCUUUGAAAAGCAGCUCUGUGUGGGGGGGGGGGUGCCUCAGCGCCUGGCUUCAGAUGGAGGAAGGCUGAUGCUUGAGAUUUAACUGGAACAUGUUAUGUUCGGUGGAAGUGUGUCCCUCUGAUGAUGUGCUGUUUACUUUAACAUUGUUUGCUUUUGUUAACGUCUCAUGAUUAAAAGACGCAACAUGUUCUUUCUC